CACAUCAUUGUGCAUUUGCAGUUAAUAUGUAGUUUAACAGAAAAGGAGCUCGGCGAAGGUGAGCCAAUUUUUGAAUGGCGUCCAAAAGGGAGCUAUAUUGCCAUUGCUGGCUCGACUAAUUGGGUGAAACUAUACGAUCGAAAUGGCAACUUAAUUGAUGAAUUAAUCCUACCUGGGCGAGUGGAAGCAUUAUCAUGGGAUCGAGAUGGUGAUAUGUUAGCUAUAAUGAAUGAUAAGAGUACAGUAAUAACAUUAUGGGAAUUUGCGUCGAAAACAGUCAACAAGUUAGAUAGUGGCAUGAGCGGCAAGGAAAAGCCAACGUUUAUACUAUGGUCUCACAUAUCGCCAGUUUUGGCUGUUGGUUAUGAUACGGGAAAUUUGUUAUUUUACAACCAACGCACCUCACGUAAGACUUCAGCAAUUGGGAAACAUCAGGGUGCCAUAACAUGUGGAGCAUUUUCAAGUAGUGACUUGCUUGCAUUGGGUUCAACCGAUUUGACGAUCACUGUUAGCACCAUUGACGGUGAUUUGAUAUAUUCGUUCAUAUGUAACAUGGAACCAUCAUUGAUUAAAUUUUCUAAUCGGAAACAAUCAAAUGAUAAAAAUGCAAAGUCUAUCAUGAUGUUAAGUGCCGUUUUGAGUCAGAAUACUAUAUUGUUGGCAGAAUUGAAUGAUAAUUCGCAACCUAUCAAUCUUCAAUGUCAAGUUCAUUAUGGUGAAAUCGUAACAUAUUCCUGGUAUCGGAGCAGUUUUUUAUUAUUGGGUUUCAAUAAAGGCUUUCUUGUUUGCAUUUCAACGAUUGCCUCAGAGAUUGGUCAGGAAGUAUAUGCAGUACAAGAUUUCAAAACAUAUUUGUCGUUUGUAUACAUCAGUGAAGCAUCUUCUAAAGUCCUGCUAACUGGUGACAGUCAGAUACGAAUACGUGAAAUGAGUCAACUUGAUGAAAUUGUUGAAAUUGUCGAAUUGGACGUUAAGAACAAUGAUUUAUGCAGUAUUUCAACAAAUUACGAUGGACAGUUGGUUGCUGCCAGUACUCGGUCCGGCACAUUACAUUUGUUUCUAACAAAAAUGCCCAUACUCGGAGCCGCUUAUCGGAAUACCAUUGCUAUUUUGUCGUCAUUGAAUGAGAUAACUCUGUUCAGAGAAGAAGAAAAGAAUCCGUUAACAACAGUGAAAAUUGAACUGGAACCAACAGGAAUCGCACUGGGUCCAAAACAUAUUGCAAUUUCAAUGAAUAAUCAUGCAUGGCUGUAUGACAUUGCUGAAACGAAAGGAGUUCGACACGUCUAUGAGAUCGAAUAUUUGUCAACAGUUAAUGUCAUGCAUUUAAAUGAGAAAUAUGUUGUUGCUAAACUGGAUAAUCGGGCCCAGUUGCAAAAGCUUCAUGAUGAAAACGGGAAAUAUAUUGCCGAGGGGAAUGGAUUUAUCAUUCCAGAUCCGGAACAUGCUAAUUAUGGUCUUCAGAACAUUGCACUUACCGAUGAUUUUCUCAUCUAUUGCACAAAUGCUGGGCAUCUCUAUUACUAUUUAUUAUCAGAUGAAACAUAUGUGAACGAAUACAGACAUGUGGCAAGAAUCACAUCAUUAUAUCCAGAACCAGGAGGAAUUAUGCUUUGUUUUUUCGAUGAACGCUUGGAUGCAUAUAUUUAUAAUCCUGUUGAUGAUGAACCUAUCAAAAUACCUUCAAUUGAUUCCACUGUUCAUGUAAAGAGCUGUUUAUGGGAAAAUUUCUCUGUGGAUCGAGAUACAUUUGUUGUGUGUGACUCUGAUACUGUUCAUAUUUAUCUUGUGUCCAAGAAUCAAAUAGAAAAUGUUUCGUUGCUAAAAAUUGGGAUCACAAAAAUACCACACGGAUAUAUCCCAUUGAUGCUCUGUAAGGGAAUUGUGCAUUGUCAAACACAAAAUGGACGUAUUGGUACCGUACUGUUAGAGAGUCAUCGAACUGAUAUGGUGUUCGAUGGAAAAUCCCUGAAUACUAUGGGAAAGUUAUUGGAUCAAGCGCUUAGUCUUAAAAGAUGGAUGUAUGCAUGGCGUAUAUGUGAAUUUACAAAAAUUAAUGAACACUGGAAUAAGUUCGCAAUCGCAGCCACAAAAAAUGGCGAAGUAGAUUUAGCAAUUCGGAUUUUCAAGCAAGUCGAUGCAGUAGGUGUUGUUUGGAGUUUGGAAGAAAUACAAUAUAUUGAGGAGAAAAGUUUACUGAAUGGAUAUUUAGCCCUUAUAUUAGGGAGUUUUGAUGUGGCGGAAGAAUUUUUUUUGCAGUCGAGUAAGCCAAGAGAAGCUCUGGAUAUGCGUCGGGAUCUGUUACAUUGGGACAAAGCGUUGAGUUUAGCAACGCGUUUGGCUGAGGAAGAAAUACCGAUGAUUUCAAAGGAAUAUGCACAACAAUUGGAAUUUGUGGGAAAUUACAGUCAGGCACUGACGCAAUAUGAAAACGGUUUGAUUGAAAAUCCUGACAAAAAUAAUGAGCAGAUUGUGGAACAUAACGAGAUGUGUAACUCCGGCAUUGCUCGAAUGUCUAUUCGUACAGGCGAUAUUCGAAAAGGAAUCGAUAUUGCUGCCAAUACUGAAGGACGAGCUGUCAAGCGUGAUUGUGCGAUAAUUUUGGAGCAUCUAAAGCAGUACAGUGAUGCAGCGUAUUUAUAUGAACUUGGACAUUUUUAUGAUCGAGCUGCUGCAGUUUCAUUAAAAGCAAAAAAUUGGACUAAGGUGGGCAGUCUUUUAUCCAAAGUUCAUUCACCAAAAAUUCAUACAGCAUAUGGCAAAGUUAUGGAAGGAGAGAAGAAGUACAAGCAAGCUGCAAUAGCUUAUAAAAAUGCACGAGAUUACGACAACUUAGUAAGACUUCUGUUAGAGCAUUUAAAUAAGCCUGAAGAAGCAGUGUGUAUUGUACGGGAAAGUAGAAGUGUUGAAGGAGCAAAACUUGUAGCAAAAUUUUUCAUCAAACUUGGAGAUCAAGAUUCAGCUAUCCAAUUUUUGGUACUUUCUCAAUGCCAGCAGGAAGCGUUUCAUCUGGCAGAAACAGAACAAAAGAUGGAUAUUUUCGCUGAUGCUGUUGAAGAUGACGGAACGGUGGAUAUGUUUUUGCAGUUGGCUGAAUAUUAUGCAAAGAAUAUGAAUUCACAGAAAGCCGGAUUUUUUUACUAUAAAGCUGGGCAAUAUUCAAAGGCAUUGGAUUACUUGCUUACAAAUGGUGAAGAUACGCAGGCGAUGAAUACGGCAAUAACAUGUGUAGCAGAAGCACGAGACCGUGACCUAAGUUCUCAUAUGAUUAACUACUUGCUUGGUGAAAUUGAUGGCAUUCCUAAAAACCCAAAAUUCCUCUUCAAAUACUAUAUUUCAAUGAAAAUGUACCGCGAAGCGGCAAAAACAGCGGUGGUGAUAGCUACCGAAGAGCGGGCAAAUGGUUCAUAUCGAAUUGCACAUAAACUAUUAUUUGGCAUGCAUCAAGAACUGCAGAAUGAAGGAAUCAAGGUGCCAUUUGAGGUGCAAAACAACCUUAUGUUACUGCACAGUUAUCUGAUAAUCAAGAGUUUGGUGAAACGCGGUGAACACAUGAAAGCUGCACGUAUGUUAAUAAGAGUAGCUGGUAGCAUCAGUUAUUUUCCAGCACAUGUUGUACCUAUUCUCACAACUAGUGUUAUUGAAUGUACUAAAGCAGGCCUUAAACAAUCGGCAUUCAAAUUUGCUGUUGAACUCCUAAAAGAUUGCAAUCGGAAAAGUAUUGACGAGAAAUAUCGUAAGAAAAUUGAAGCUAUUGUAAGGAAAGCAGAUAAAUUACCAGAUCCAGAAGAACCCAAGACAUGCUGUCCGUACUGUGAUAAUCCAGCGGAAGAGUCGAUCCUUGUUUGCGCAUCAUGCAAAAAUUUGAUUCCUUACUGUAUUGUUACGGGCUUACAUUUGGUUACGAAUGACUUUGGAACAUGUCCAUCAUGUGGCUUUCCUGGUUUUUAUUCUGAAUUAAAGAGGCUUAAGGAUGAGAAAGAAUGUUGUCCAAUGUGUGGUGAUGAACUCAAUGACUUGAAACCAGUGGAUGAUGUGAAGCAGUUUUUAAUGAAUGACAAAAAAUUUAAGACAGUAAAAAUUAGGAAAACGAAGUUUACAAGUGAUCUCGUUUACAGAAAUUCAAUUUCCAUAAUUUUCGUUUUUAUUCCCAAUUUUCAUUAUUAAGUAGGAAAUAUAUGCAUAUUCUAUUUAUUGAUAUUGAAAGAGAAGAUAAACACCCACAUGAUAAGACAAACCAUGAAUAUAGUUCACCGUAAUGCCAUAAAAUUUGCAAUUCAUAUGCAUAAGUCUUGUUUAACUUCAGGAUUAAGCGCUCUCGAAAUUUCAU